AUGAAGGACGUUGAUGAUGGAAUCCCAUUUCUAACAAAAAUUGCCCGAAAACCACAAGGUAUUGGCAGUGAGUACAAGAACAUUGCAGAGUGUACCUACGGAAUUAUGUUGCAGCUGGAGUUACAAGAAGGCAAACGAGUGAUGGAGAAUCAAGAAUUUACUGAUCAAUAUCCGAAGCAUACAUCAUGGGUUCUCAGAUUGAUGAAGCCUUACUUCAACCAGGGUCACAUUCUUUACGCAGAUUCCGCUUUUGCGUCAGUGUCAACUGCACAAGCUCUGUUGGAGAGGAACACUUUUUUCACAGGAUUGGUCAAACAAUGUCACAGAGGCUUUCCAAAACAAUAUCUGAACAAGGAUGCAUGGGAGGCUAGU